GCAGCGACAGCAAAAGCACACUACGUCUCACUAAAUCAAGCCACAAGUCAAAAUUUAUAUUUCCAUCGCAUUGAAUUUCCCGUCAUCCAGAACCUCAAAAACCCCCAAUUCUCGAUGAGCUCCGGUUGAUUAUCCACAGUUCUUGAGAAUGGCGGCAGUGUCAAGAGCUUAUGCCCGCGCAAAGAAACUGGCGCCCGUUUUGAACUUAGCGAGCAAGGAAAGUCCAGCCUUCGGAUCGGUCCCUCGAAGGUGGGUUUCUGUCGAUAAUGGCGGACGCGCGGAAGAGUUAAAUAAAGGAAAGAGAUUCGUCGGCGUGUGGGGAAAUGGGGAUUUCGGGAGGCUCGGAUUGGGCAGUUUGGAUUCCCAGUGGAGGCCCAAACCGAUUGCGUCGUCUGCUUUUGAUGAUCAGAGUUUGAUCGAGGUUGCUUGCGGCGGCGCUCACACAGUUUUUCUCACUGAAAAUGGAGAUGUGUAUGCUACGGGACUCAAUGACUUCGGACAGCUAGGGAUAUCAGAUUUUCAAAAUUAUGCAAUUAAGCCUCUCAGGAUUUCUAGUAUUCCUAAAAGGAUUAUUAAAAUUUCGGCCGGUUAUCAUCAUUCUGCUGCCAUUACAGUUGACGGUGAACUCUAUGUCUGGGGGAAGAAUGCAAAUGGACAACUCGGCCUUGGAAAGAAAGCAGAAAAUAUCAUUCCUCUUCCACGUAAAGUUGAAUGCUUAGAUGGAGUCACCAUUAAAAGUGUAUCAUUGGGAUUCGAGCAUUCAAUUGCUGUCACAGAUAAAGGGGAAGCUCUGAGUUGGGGAGGAGGAGAGUCUGGAAGACUUGGGCAUGGACAUGGGUCGAGCAUUUUUGGUUUCCAAACAAGUAGCAGUGAGUAUACACCCCGACUAAUUAAGGGGCUUGAGGGGAUCAAGGUCAAAAGUGUUGCUGCGGGGAUGCUGCACUCCACCUGCAUUUGUGAAAAUGGCUGUGUAUAUUUCUUUGGCGAAAGAGAAUUAGGGAAAUGGGGUUUUGGAAAAGCUAAAAGUGCGACGACUCCAUCUAUGAUUAGCCCGCUACCAACUUCGGAAGAGGUUGCAUGUGGUGGUUAUCACACCUGUGUUGUCACAAACGGUGGAGAAAUGUACACUUGGGGCUCCAACGAGAACGGUUGCCUUGGGAUAGGUGGCACAGAUAUUUCUUACACCCCUGAAAGAGUUCAAGGUCCACUCUUGAGGCAAUCAGUUACCAAGGUAUCAUGUGGUUGGAAGCAUACUGCGGCAAUUUCUGGUGGCUUUAUUUACACAUGGGGCUGGGGUGGAUCGAAUGGAACGUUUAAAGAUGAUGGCCAUUCUCCCGGAGGACAAUUGGGACAAGGCGACGAUGUUGACUACAGCGAGCCGAUGUUGCUCAACCUUCCCGAGAACAUCAAAGCUACACAAAUAUCUUGUGGAUUUAAUCAUACAGCGGCCUUGUUCCAAUGUUCGUGAAAUUUCCAUGCCAUGUAAUUGAUUUUCUGUGGAGCCUUGCAAACAAUUUUAUGAAGGUACAUAAAGCGUGGCUACGCGAAUAAGUGGAAGAGCCGGAGUCGAAUAUAUGAUGAUGGUGACACUUUUUAUGUGGCUUUGCCGUUCUUUCGAACUGUCCUUGGGAUUGUAUUUGAGGUAUAUAUAUAUACAUAUGUUUAUACACACAUACAGGUCUGUAUCUAUACGUCGAAUUGGGGAUGAAAUGAACACAUCAGAACAGGGUGCAAGUUCACGCCUAUCUUCAUUUGGAUGUUUUGAGUUUUUAUGCUAAUGGCUCUCUGGUUUACCGUUUUAAUGCCUGAUUUGAAAUAUAUGAAACGGCGACGUUUCCGACUGGGUAAUAGUUGGCAUAUCUUCCGGAUGGUUUUAUAUUAAUAUUACUUCAGUUUGGCUCUAAA